AUGCAUAAAAAGCUAGCGAUUCUUAUUUAUGAUAAUGUUAGUCGCAUUGAUCCCAAAAUACUUGACAUUAUCCAAGUCGAUGCCAAGGAUAGUGAAAGUAUAUUGUCGGUGGACUCAUGGACUCAAACAAUGCCAAUCUUUGAAAUCUCGGACUUUAAAAUAGAUAAACAAUCGGCUACGUAUCUAGUAAAUAAACUUGGAACUCCCUUAGAAGAAACGAAAAUUUAUGAACUCAUUUCAUUAGUGGUCGAAUUAUAA